CGCCCAUGCAAGGGCUAUCAAGGACAUAUGAAAAGUAAAAAAAAAAAACAGUGCUCUAACACCAACACAGCAAAAGGUGCGUGCACGCAGGGGCUAUCAAUGGCAUAUGAAAAGUAAAGAAAACAGUGCUCUAACCCCAACACAGCAAAAGGUGCGCCCACGCAGGGGCUAUCAAUGGCAUAUGAAAAGUCCAGAAAACAGUGCUCUAACACCAACACAGCAAAAGGUGCGCCCACGCAGGGGCUAUCAAUGGCAUAUGAAGAGUCCAGAAAACAGUGCUCUAACACCAACACAGCAAAAA